AUGAAGCCGAAGGUAUUCUGGCCCAGAAAGCCAGAAACGUUCUAUUCCGCGUCCAAACCGCUGGCCGAUGCUGCGUCGCCCGCUCACAAUGCGGCCCUCCAUUCGUCGCCUGCCCAGAAGAGGGCGCCUCUCGCGGACUUACCGACGAAGACACUUCUGCGCUCUUUAUUCCUGACGUCAGCGAUGGCGUCGCCGCUUUUGAAACCCUCUAUAGCGGUGCUGAAAUAUGUGGUGGAUUCAAAGUCGCCCCUGCUUAGUCCCUCUAAGAACCCUAUCAUGAACUACAUACUCCGCGCAACAAUCUACAACCACUUCUGCGCGGGUGUUAAUGAGACAGAAGUCCGCAAAACAGUCCAGGAGAUGAAGACUCUGGGCUUCAAGGGCGUCAUCCUCGGAUAUGCGCGGGAAUCCGUCGCAAAGGUCGACGCAGCCGGCUCCCACGUGGAGGAAUGGAAGAAUGCACAAGCCAUCGAAGACCGUGCAGUGGACGAAUGGAAAGAGGGCAACUUACGGACACUCAGAAUGGUCGGAAAAGGAGAUUACAUGAAUAUCAAGUAUGACCGAACCAAAAUAAAAUGUGAUACGCAACGUAUGCUAACACGAUUAGAUUCACCGGCGCCGGCCCUGCAGCCGUUGAAGCACUCGCUCGCGGUGACCCCGUCCCACCACCACGCAUCAAGCAAGCUAUUACAGAAAUCUGUGAAGCAACUGCAGCCCAGGGAUCCCGGUUCUGGAUCGACGCCGAGCAACAGAUCUUCCAACCAGCCAUUGACGCCUGGACGAUCGAUCUCAUGA